GAGAAUAUUUUUGCGAUAAAUUCAAUUAACAUCUUCGAUCUGUGAUCAGAUCAACCGUCUGUCCAACGAGCGUCUGUCUAUUAAAAGACAGUCUAUCGACAUUUUCGUCGUCGCACCGAAUAUACGCGUUUUUUGCAACUAGAAUAGAUGUUUGCUUUCGGUUUGAUCUAACGUAGGCUUUUACAAAAAUAAAUAUUAAACAUGGCGGACCAGGAUUUCAAGAAUAAACUUCAGUUCAAAGACCCUACCGAACCUGAAGAGCUGAUUCUUGAUAAUAAAAAGAUCAUGGCGAUCUCCAACGUUACUAAUGCCGAUAAAAAUGAUUUUACACCUCUUACUGACUUGAUCAACCUGAGGUCGCUUUCUAUGAACCGUACUCAUUUAUACUCAUUAGAAGGGUUUCCAACGUUACCAAAAUUGAGAAGGCUUGCCUUAUCAGAUAAUAAACUUACAGGCGGUUUGGAGGCGUUGGCAGACGCUAAACUUGAAAAAUUAAUUCAUCUUGAUUUAAGCGGUAACAAAAUAAACGACCUAUCAGCACUCGAACCACUGUGCAAUCUACCGAAUCUUAAACAUUUAAGUUUAUUCGAAUGCCCAGUCACACAAAAAGCGAAUUAUCGAGAUGCUCUACUUGAAAUGAUACCACAAUUGUAUUCACUUGAUCAGCAUGAUAGAAAGGGAGACCCCAUUGAUUCAGAAGAUGAAAGUGAUGCAGACGAAGAGGAGGAUGAGGAGGAGGAGGAGGAGGAUGAUGAUGCUGACGUUGUACAAUCAAAUGGCCAUGCAGAUUCCGAAGAUGUUGAUGAAAAUGAGGAAAACGAAGAAAAUCAAGAGGCUGAAAUAAGUGAGGAAGCUGCAUCAGAAGAAGAUGCAGGCAGUGAAUCGGAUCGAGAUGCAGAAACAAAUGAUGGAGAAGAGGUGACCGAAACGAAUGUCGUACCAAAAUCACGUGAUAAAGGGAAACAGGUUGCAUUUCCACCAGACGUCGAUAAAAGGGAAGAAUCUGAAAGUGAAUCAGAAGUUGAAUCGGGAGAAGAAGGCCCAGGAAUAGAUUAUUUACUUGAUCCGAAUCUUCCGGAAGAUACUGAUGAAGAAGAUUUCCAACCUGAUGAAGACGAUGAAGACGAAGAGAGUGAUCAAUUGGACGAAGCAAGUGAUAUAGAUCUAGCUGAGUUUCCUACAACUAGUGCAGCAGGUGCAGCAUUUGAAGCAGCAGCAGCAGCAUCAUCUACAUCAAAGCGAAAAGGUUAUGAUGAUGAUGAGGAAGAAGUGGAAUCUAAUCCUGUCCAAAAGAGAGUAAUCAAUGACGAUGAUGAAACGAUACAAUCCAAAAAACGACGUGUUUGACAUUAAUUUUAUUAUACAUAGUUUUUUAAAAGUUCGAGUAUUUUCAUUUGAUGAUUACUCAAAUUAUUUUUUAUCAAGUUAUUAUUUUUUUGCAUCCAUACUUUUAAUAUAGAUAUAUUAGGAUACUCUAUUUCAUAAUUAUAAAAAAAAGGGAUGUGAUAUGAAUUACAUCAAACAAAGAUUUUUGAAUUAACGCAUUUGUAAAGUAAAUCUUCACUAUAUCGUUUUUUUUUCAGUCUUUGAAUAAAAUUAAACUUUUUAAAAAACUGAUUACUUUUACGCGUAUCCUUAUAAUGCACGUGUUUACUCUUUUAUCUAUUGACAUUUUCCUAAUGUUUAUUUGUUUAUGUAAUGUAUCUUUUUAAUUUUUUCUGUAACUUUGUUCACUUUGAGAA